AUGGAAGAAAUCCUAGUCAUACAAAAACCCGUUAUCUUCGAUGAGGUCAUCGCCCACUACGAAAUUCAUGCGCAUCAACCGUUCGCGUCAGCAACCUUCAACAACAACGAUGAAAUCCGCAUUUCCGUUCAACAUCAAGAUCUGUGCUUGCUUCCGAGUAAAAGCUCUUUGCACGUACAUGGAAAAUUAACGAAAACAGAUGGAACUGCGGUUCAACAUACACGACUCGCCAAUAAUGCCAUCUGUCAUCUGUUUGAGGAAAUGCGUUAUGAGUUGAACGCUAUCGAGAUCGAUCGUAGCAAAAAUGUUGGUCUCACGACACUCAUGAAAAAUUACGUAUCGCAAAAUCCUAGAAAAGCGAUGGAAAAUGCUGGCUGGCGCGAGGAUGACGCACCAUCAUUGACGGAUGACAAUGGAAAUUUUGACCUUUCAAUACCCCUAAGUCUUCUUCUCGGAUUCGCUGAGGAUUAUCAUCGAAUUGUCAUCAAUGCCAAGCAAGAGCUGAUUCUCACGAGAUCGAAUAGCGAUAUGAAUGCUGUUUUGCAAACACCGGGCGAAGCUGUUGCUGAACAAUUCAAAAUUUCAUUGCUCAAAAUUGAAUGGAUGAUUCCGCAUAUCAGAGUAUCGGAUCAACGAAAAGUUCAAUUGCUCAACUACAUCGCCAAAGAUCCAUCCAUCGCCAUGAGUUUUCGUACGUGGGAAUUGUACGAGUAUCCGUUACUCCCAGUCACCUCGAAACACGUGUGGGUCGUAAAAACAUCGACGCAGCUCGAAAAACCGCGAUACGUGAUUCUUGGAUUUCAAACUGCGAGAAAAAAUAACGCGAUAAAAAAUGCGAGUAAUUUUAAUCAUUGCGAUAUUCGCGAUGUUAAACUGUUUCUAAACUUGCAAUGUUAUCCUUAUGGAAAUUUGAAUCUCGAUAUUAGUCACAAUCAGUACGCUCUGCUAUACGAUAUGUAUGCGAAUUUCCAAGCGUCUUACUACGGCAAAGAGUCAGAACCUUUGUUGAGUAAAGCUGAUUUUGUAGAAAAAGGCCCUCUCAUUGUUAUCGAUUGUUCGAAACAAAACGAGUUCCUGAAAUCAGGACCAGUGGAUAUACGUUUGGAAUUUGAAUCGGGAACUCCGUUCCCACCACAAACAUCCGCGUACUGUCUGAUUCUACACGAUCGGAUCGUUGAAUACAACCCAAUUAGCGGAAAUGUAAAAAAACUGAUGUAA